AGGUUAAACAGACGUUCGAAUUUGUGAAAUGUAUGCCAGCAAACGUCGCCAGCGGAACUUCAAAAGGGUACGGGAUCCGCCGAAGCAGUUGACUAACACCAAUCCGUCGAAACGGCACAGAGAACGAUUAAAUGGAGAACUUGAGACGGUUGCUAUGCUUCUUCCUUACGACAGCUCUACCAUCAGCCGUCUGGAUAAACUCUCCGUGCUCCGACUUGCAGUCAGCUUUCUUCAAUGCAAAGCUCACUUUCAAGCAUGUCUACACAACUCUCAGUUCCUGUCAGCUGGCUUUCCAAUGUCAACUCAUUCGUAUUCUUAUCAACCACACCCUCCUAUACCAUUUUCAAACAAAGUUCCAACAAUCUUUGAUCUACGAAUUGGAACACCAAUGUUGGACCCAGAAGAAUCCAAUUUUGAAGAAAUUAGUCUGAAAUCACUUGGUGGAUUUAUUCUUGUUCUCAAUGACAAUGGAGAAAUCUAUUAUGCAUCUGAAAACGUAGAAAAUUAUUUGGGAUUUCAUCAAUCUGAUGUUCUACAUCAACCAGUUUAUGAUCUUAUACAUUCGGAAGAUCGUGAUGAUAUUCGUCAACAACUUGAUUCGAACUUUCAUAUUCCAACGUCAUCUGCCUCAAAUCAAUUUGAUGUUUUUGCACCACAAAACUCAAAAUAUCUGGAACGUAAUGUGAACGCAAGAUUUCGGUGCUUAUUGGAUAACACAUGUGGAUUUUUGAGAAUUGACAUGCGCGGAAAGUUGAUGUCUCUACAUGGAUUACCAUCAUCGUAUGUAAUGGGAAGAACUGCCUCGGGUCCAGUGCUCGGAAUGAUUUGCGUUUGCACACCUUUUGUGCCGCCUUCAACAUCCGAUUUAGCAUCCGAAGACAUGAUUUUGAAAACAAAACAUCAGUUGGAUGGAGCUUUAGUAUCUAUGGAUCAAAAGGUUUAUGAAAUGUUAGAAAUUGAUGAAACUGAUCUACCAAUGCCACUCUAUAAUCUAGUCCACGUGGAAGAUGCAGUCUGCAUGGCUGAAGCUCAUAAAGAAGCUAUCAAAAACGGGUCAUCUGGUCUUCUGGUAUAUCGUCUAGUCAGCACAAAAACUCGUCGUACGUAUUUUGUUCAAAGCUCCUGUAGGAUGUUUUACAAGAAUAGCAAACCGGAAUCAAUUGGCUUAACUCACAGAUUACUCAACGAAGUGGAAGGUACAAUGCUUUUAGAAAAAAGAAGCACAUUGAAAGCUAAACUAUUAUCAUUUGACGAUUCAUUUCUUCAAUCUCCACGAAAUCUCCAAUCAACAGCUGCACUUCCAUUACCAUCUGUAUUGAAAGAUGAUCAAGAUUGUUUGGAACCAUCAACAUCCAAUUCCCUAUUCCCAUCCGUUCCUGUUCCAACUCCUACAACAACCAAAGCAAAUCGCCGACGAAAAGAAAACAGUCAUGAAAUUGUUCCAACAAUCCCAUCAAUUCCAAUUCCAACUCAUUUUGAUAUGCAAAUGUUUGAUCCAUCAUGGAAUCAUGGAGUUCAUCCACCAGCAUGGCCUCAUGAUGUAUAUCAUUUGACACAAUAUCCUCCAACAUAUCCACAUCCACCAGGAACUGUUGGAUACCCUGAUGUUCAAAUUGCACCUGUGGAUUACCCUGGAUGGCAUCCAAAUGAUAUACAUAUGACACAGCUGCCACACGGUUUCACACCAGAUGCUCAAAAGCUCGUCCCACCACAUCCACAAAUGAGCCAUUUCACCGAAUAUCCGACCCCUUCAACACACCACGAUCUUCAUCAUCACCCAUUAAAACAAGACAAUUUUCAUUUAAUCUCUGAAGUAACCAAUCUUCUAGGCACGUGAAUUGUAGUACAUGAAUAAAGAAGCGAAAAGUGUA